AUCCCCAGUUGUUCCCAUUUCCUGAUUAGGACUGAACACAGACCACUCACCAUGGGGUUGGGGCUCAGCUGGGUUUUCCUUGUUGCUAUUUUGAGAGGUGUCCAGUGUGAGGUGCAGCUGGUGGAGUCUGGGGGAGACUUGGUGCAGCCUGGGGGGUCUCUGAGACUCUCCUGUGCAGCCUCUGGAUUCACCUUCAAUGAAUACGAAAUGAACUGGGUCCGCCAGGCUCCAGGGAAGGCGUUAGAGUGGGUCUCAUACAUUAAUGGUGGUGGUGGUACUGCAUACUACGCCACGUCUGUGAAGGGUCGAUUCAUCACCUCCAGAGACAAUGCCAAGAACACGCUGUAUCUGCAAAUGAACAGUCUGAGAGCCCAGGACACGGCCGUGUAUUACUGUACAACAGACAAACAACACAGUGAGGGGAAGUCAGUUGGCUACUGGAUAAGCUGGGCCCGCCAGGCGCCAGGGAAGAAGGUGGAGUGGGUCUCAGACAUUAAUGGUGAUAGUAGUACCACAUACUAUGCCGCCUCUGUGAUGGGCCGAUUCACCAUCUCCAGAGACAACGCCAAGAACAUGCUGUAUCUACAAAUGAACAGCCUGAGAGCUGAGGACACGGCCCUGUAUUACUGUAGAAUCCACCUGGAUCCUGAGAACCUGCUGAAGGAGACUUGGUCCCCACCCACCUCUGCUGUGCCUCCAGGCUCCACAGACACCACCCCAUCCUCACCCUCUGUCCUCUGCCGCCCACAUUCUCACCCCAGCGAGUCUGCACAGGACGUCCCAUGUGGCUACGCUCUGCCCUCUCCUUCCCGCCUGGAGGUCCUAGAGCUAGUUCAACUGGUGGACACCUUCAGACCACACAAGAUUACAACUCCACACAUCCAGGAGGAGGAGAAGGAGGAAUAG